CAAAGACAUGGAAUCUUCCCGUGUGGGAAGAUUCAUGCAUGUCUGGUCAGAGAAUGGGGACGACUGCUUCGUCGAUGCUUUGCCAGUUUGCGUGAGGGAAUUGAUCGCUGGAGGUGCUGCUGGUGCCUUUGCCAAGACUGCCGUGGCGCCCCUUGAAAGGAUCAAAAUUCUCUUGCAGAUCAGAACUGAAGGAUUUCGUUCCAUUGGUGUGUACGAGUCCUUCAAGAAGAUCCUCAGGCAUGAAGGUGUUCAAGGGCUAUACAAAGGAAAUGGCGCGAGCGUCAUCCGGGUAGUCCCGUACGCAGCGCUGCAAUACAUGACGUACGAGCAAUACCGGGGUUGGAUCUUGGACAACUGUCCCUCGCUUGGGACGGGUCCUUUUAUCGACCUCCUGGCGGGCUCUGCCUCCGGAGGAACGGCUGUGCUGUGUACAUAUCCCUUGGAUCUGGCUCGGACGAAGCUUGCUUAUCAGGUGAUGGAUUCAUAUUCUAGUGAAAAUCCUCAUUCUCAUCCUCGACACCCGAGGCUUCGCCAUAUCUUCAGGAACGUCUAUCGAGAAGGCGGAGUGCGUGCUUUCUAUCGAGGCAUAGGUCCGACAUUGGUAGGGAUUCUUCCGUAUGCCGGCUUGAAGUACUAUAUCUACGAGGAGCUCAAGCUCAAGAUUCCGGAGGAUCGCCAAGAUUCGAUCGUGAUGCGUCUCUCCUGUGGCGCUUUGGCGGGGUUGGUCGGGCAGACAUUCACAUAUCCAUUGGACGUCGUGAGGCGACAGAUGCAGGCUGAGACUGCGGAACUGGGCAAUGCCCGGUUCAAGAACACCAUAGAGGGGCUUUCGAACAUCGUUCGCAAUCAAGGGUGGAGACAAUUGUACGCCGGUUUAAGCAUCAAUUACAUCAAGGUGGUGCCUUCAGUGGCCAUUGGGUUCACAGCGUAUGAUGUGCUCAAAUCUUGGAUGCAUUAUUCAAACCAGCAAAACGCUCAUCACUCGUCAUCUUCGAAUGCACAAAAUUGAGCAGAGAAAUAGUCUGUCCAAUGCCCGAUCACGGACAGACGCGAAAGUAUUAUCGGAUUCGAGGUUUGUUCCACCCUUCUCA